AUGGAAAACACCGUCUCCGCAUCUGCCGCCGUUAGUUCCGCUCCUCCGCCGCUUGAAGAGCCCGAGUACUUGGCGCGCUACAUGGUCGUCAAGCACUCAUGGCGCGGCCGCUACAAGCGGAUACUCUGCAUUUCCAGCGUUUCCGUUCUCACUCUCGAUCCUUCCACGCUCUCCGUCACGAACUCGUACGACGUUGCGACGGAUUUCGAGGGUGCCGCGCCUAUUAUUGGCCGCGAUGAGAAUUCGAUUGAGUUCAACCUCAGCGUGAGGACCGAUGGACGCGGAAAAUUCAAAGCCAUGAAGUUCUCGUCGCGGUACAGGGCGAGUAUUUUGACGGAGUUGCAUCGGAUACGCUGGAAUCGUUUGGCGCCGGUGGCUGAGUUCCCGGUGCUUCAUCUUCGACGACGGGCGUCCCAGUGGGCUCCUUUUAAAGCUGCUUUAAUUGCGAUCACCCCUAGGCUGGAAAGGGGAUCCUACAGAGGGGCUAACCAGAAAGGCGUGUUAAGUGUUGUAGAGUGCAGUCACCAUGAUAUGGCUCUUAAAUUGAAAGUAACCUAUGUUGGUGUUGAGCUUAUUGAUACAAGUUCGGGUGAUCUUCGCUGGUGCUUGGAUUUUAGAGACAUGGAUUCCCCUGCAAUUAUUCUUCUCUCUGAUGCUUUUGGGAAGAAAAACAUUGAAAAUGGUAGCGGAUUUGUUCUUUGCCCCUUGUAUGGAAGAAAAUCUAAAGCUUUCCAAGCUGCUUCUGGAUGCACAACAUCAGCUAUUAUCUCAAAUUUGGCUGUUGGAGCAGAAGAUACUCCAUUGGGGGGUUGGUCUGUAACAAGGUUGCGUUCUGCUGCCCAUGGAACACUAAAUGUUCCAGGGUUGAGUUUAGGAGUUGGCCCUAAAGGAGGACUAGGUGAGCAUGGUGAUUCUGUAUCUCGUCAGCUCAUUCUUACCAAGGUUUCACUUGUGGAAAGGCGCCCUGAGAAUUAUGAAGCUGUUACUGUUCGUCGAUUAUCUUCAGUAAGUGCCCUUGUUCGGUUUGCUGAAGAGCCCCAGAUGUUUGCAAUUGAAUUUAGUGAUGGAUGCCCCAUCCAUGUUUAUGCAAGCACAUCUCGUGAUAGCUUACUUGCAGCAGUUCGUGAUGCUUUGCAAACUGAAGGUCAAUGUGCCAUACCUGUAUUGCCAAGACUGACAAUGCCUGGUCAUCGUAUUGAUCCUCCCUGCGGGAGAGUGUUUUUGCUAUAUGGUCAACAAAAGCCUGUUACUGAUGCAGAAAGUGCAUCAAUGCAUUUGAAGCAUUUAGCAGCUGCUGCCAAAGAUGCUGUUGCUGAAGGUGGUUCUAUUCCUGGAUCGAGGGCUAAACUAUGGCGUAGAAUAAGGGAGUUCAAUGCAUGUAUACCAUAUAGUGGUGUGCCUCCAAACAUUGAAGUACCGGAGGUUACAUUAAUGGCCUUGAUUACUAUGCUUCCCGCUGCCCCAAAUCUUCCUCCAGAAUCUCCUCCACUCCCACCCCCUUCACCAAAAGCUGCAGCAACUGUUAUGGGUUUUAUUGGAUGUUUACGCAGACUACUUGCCUCUAGAAGUGCAGCAUCACAUGUGAUGUCUUUUCCAGCAGCAGUUGGAAGGAUAAUGGGUUUACUCAGAAAUGGUUCAGAAGGUGUUGCUUCUGAGGCUGCGGGGCUUGUAGCUGUACUCAUUGGUGGUGGGCCUGGUGAUGCAAAUGUAACAGAUUCUAAAGGAGAGUGGCAUGCCACAAUUAUGCAUACAAAGUCAGUUUUGUUUGCUAAUCAUAAUUAUAUCAUCAUUCUUGUCAACAGAUUAAAGCCCACGUCAGUAUCACCUUUACUGUCAAUGACUGUUGUUGAAGUGCUUGAGGCUAUGAUUUGUGAUCCAAAUGGUGAAACUACCCAAUAUACUGUUUUUGUUGAAUUGUUACGUCAAGUUGCAGGGUUGAAGCGUCGCUUGUUUGCACUGUUUGGUCACCCUGCUGAAAGUGUUAGAGAAACAGUAGCAAUGAUAAUGCGAUCAAUUGCAGAAGAAGAUGCUAUUGCUGCAGAGUCCAUGCGAGAUGCUUCUCUGCGUGAUGGUGCUUUAUUGAGGCAUUUACUGCAUGGAUUUUUUCAUCCAGCUGGUGAGCGGCGUGAAGUUAGUCGACAGCUAGUUGCUCUUUGGGCAGAUUCCUAUCAACCAGCUUUGGAGCUAUUGUCCCGAAUUCUACCUCCUGGUCUCGUUGCUUACUUGCACACACGGGCUGAUGAAGCUCUUGCUGAAGAUACAAAUCAAGAAGAAUCAUCAAUUGGGAAAAGAAAAAGACGAUUACUUCAGCACAGGAAAGGUCGCAUUGGGAGAGGACUUAUUUCUCAAGAACAACCUUUCCCUUCAGCUAAUAACUUUGAUGUUUCUGAUUCAGCUAGGCAAACAGUGGGUACUACUGUUAGAGGCUCUGACAAUUUUCAUAAAACUGUUAUGGACCCAAGUUCUGGACAGGCUUCAAAUAUUCAAUCUUCACUAGUUCACACUAGUGAACAUUUGAACAAUGGAUCUUCUACUGGUGAAGUGCAAAAUGGGCAUUCAACUUUUGUGGCUUCGGUUAAUGCAGUGUCAGCAAACUCAAAUGAAGCAUCAGAAUCUGAAUUUCAAAAUUCAGUUGAUCCUGAGAGCAAUGCAGUUGGUUUGCAGAAUGAAGGCAUUCCUGCUCCUGCUCAAGUUGUUGUGGAGAACACCCCUGUAGGAUCUGGUCGGCUUCUAUGUAACUGGCCUGAAUUUUGGAGAGCUUUUGAUCUUGAUCACAAUCGUGCAGACUUGAUUUGGAAUGAGCGUACCAGGCAAGAGUUGAGAGAAUCUUUGAAAGCUGAAGUUCAUAAACUAGAUGUUGAGAAAGAGCGAACUGAAGAUAUUGUUCCCGGGGGUGCAACCUUGGAAAUGGUAUCAGGGGUUGAGAGUGUGCCACAAAUAUCUUGGAACUACCCUGAAUUUUCUGUUCGUUACCCUAGUUUGUCAAAAGAAGUUUGUGUGGGUCAAUAUUAUCUGCGAUUACUGCUUGAGAGUGGCAGUGCUGGCAGGGCACAAGACUUCCCGUUGCGUGAUCCUGUUGCUUUCUUCAGGGCACUUUACCAUCGGUUCUUAUGUGAUGCAGACACUGGGCUUACUGUAGAUGGAGCUGUUCCUGAUGAAUUAGGUGCAUCUGAUGAUUGGUGUGACAUGGGUAGAUUAGAUGGUUUUGGUGGAGGUGGUGGAUCAUCGGUGAGAGAGCUUUGUGCAAGGGCAAUGGCAAUUGUAUAUGAGCAGCAUUACAUGACCAUAGGGCGUUUUGAAGGCACAUCUCACAUUACUGUUCUCUUGGACAGGACAGAUGACAGAGCUUUGAGGCACCGACUUCUUUUACUUCUGAAGAGUGCAAAAAUUUUGGCAGGAACAGUGGCAUUGAUGAAAGUUUUAUCAAAUGUGGAGGCUUGUGUCCUAGUUGGAGGUUGUGUAUUAGCUGUUGAUCUGCUUACUGUAGUCCAUGAAACUUCGGAGAGGACAUCUAUUCCCUUGCAAUCAAAUUUAAUUGCUGCUAGUGCUUUUAUGGAACCGCUUAAGGAAUGGAUGUAUAUUGACAAAGAUGGUGCUCAAGUUGGACCUAUGGAAAAGGAUGCUAUUAGAAGGUUGUGGUCCAAGAAGGCUAUUGAUUGGACAACAAGGUUUUGGGCUUCUGGGAUGCUAGAUUGGAAGAAGUUGCGUGAUAUCCGUGAGCUUCGAUGGGCGCUUGCCCUUAGAGUUCCUGUCCUUACCCCACCUCAGGUUGGGGAGACAGCUUUGUCCAUAUUGCAUAGUAUGGUGUCUGCACAUUCAGAUUUAGACGAUGCUGGAGAGAUUGUUACUCCAACUCCUAGAGUAAAACGAAUCCUGUCAAGUCCACGUUGCCUUCCGCAUAUUGCACAGAUGAGCUUCAACAGAAAGGCUGAGAGGAAAAGUGAUGAAAAAAAUGAUGGUAAAAUGGGAAGGGUCAGUAGGUCUACCCAUCUAAAAACGGCCAUUCUUUCUGGGGAACCAAGUAUUGUUGAGGCAGCUGCUGCAUUGCUUAAGGCUAUUGUUACCCGGAAUCCCAAAGCUAUGAUCCGACUGUACAGCACUGGUGCAUUUUAUUUUGCACUGGCAUAUCCUGGGUCUAAUCUACUUUCAAUUGGGCAACUCUUUUCUGUCACCCAUGUCCAUCAAGCAUUUCAUGGUGGUGAAGAGGCUGCGGUUUCAACUUCCUUGCCUUUGGCGAAACGUAGUGUUCUUGGAGGGCUUCUCCCUGAAUCUUUGUUGUACGUACUGGAGCGUAGCGGUCCAGCAGCGUUUGCUGCAGCAAUGGUUUCUGAUUCUGACACCCCAGAGAUAAUAUGGACUCACAAAAUGCGGGCAGAGAAUCUAAUUCGUCAGGUUUUGCAGCAUCUUGGUGAUUUUCCGCAGAAACUGUCACAGCAUUGCCAUGUUUUGUAUGACUAUGCCCCCAUGCCUCCAGUUACAUACCCAGAGCUGAGAGAUGAAAUGUGGUGUCACCGAUAUUACCUCAGGAACUUAUGUGAUGAUAUUCGCUUUCCAAAUUGGCCAAUUGUUGAACAUGUAGAAUUUCUUCAAUCGUUGCUUGUAAUGUGGCGUGAAGAGUUGACUAGAAAGCCUAUGGAUCUUUCUGAAGAAGAAGCUUGCAAGAUCCUUGAAAUAUCCUUUGAGGAUAUAUCUAGUGAUGAUGUAAAUAAAAGAAAUUCUUUGGAGAUUGCAGAUGAAGCAUCUAGCUUAUCGAAGCAGAUUGAGAACAUUGAUGAAGAAAAAUUAAAGCGCCAAUACCGAAAACUUGCUAUGAAAUAUCAUCCUGACAAAAAUCCAGAAGGGAGGGAUAGGUUUCUUGCUAUACAAAAGGCCUAUGAACGUCUUCAGGUAGUCAUAAGUUUACAUGUCAUACACAGGCUUCUAUGGAAUCAUAUUUCAACAAGUGUUGCUAAGACAGCAUGGUUAUUUCUAAGAAGACAUGGAGAUGUUUUAGAGCCAUUCAAAUAUGCUGGGUAUCCCAUGUUGCUGAGUGCUGUUACUGUGGACAAGGAUGAUAACAACUUUCUCUCUUCAGAUAGAGCACCUCUCCUUAUUGCUGCAUCAGAGCUUGUCUGGCUAACAUGUGCAUCUUCUAAAUUGAAUGGUGAAGAGCUGGUAAGAGAUGGAGGAGUACAUCUUCUUGCAACUCUUCUUUCCCGUUGCAUGGGUGUUGUUCAGCCAACUACUCCUGGAAAUGAACCAUCUGCAAUCAUUGUCACCAACAUCAUGCGGACAUUUUCAGUUCUUAGUCAAUUUGAGGCUGCCAGAGCUGAGAUACUUGAGUUUUCUGGACUAAUUGAGGACAUUGUGCACUGCACUGAAUUUGAGCUUGUACCUGCAGCUGUUGAUGCUGCUAUACAGACUAUCGCCAAUGUUUCUAUUUCCUCCGAAUUGCAAGAUGCAUUAUUGAAGGCUGGUAUUUUGCAUAAAGGGAAAACAGAGAUCUACAAGCCGGAGAAUCAGUUCCUCGAGAACUCUGAAGAUCUAAAAAAAAAUGGGAGAUUGUGGGAGUACCUUUUGCCACUACUUCUUCAGUACGACUCAACUGCAGAAGAAUCUGAUGCAACAGAAUCACAUGGUGUUGGUGCUAGUGUUCAAAUUGCCAAAAACAUGCAUGCCAUAAGAGCAUCCCUGGCUUUGUCAAGACUUAGUGGUUUGUGUGGCGAUGAGAGUGCAACACCUUACAAUCAGGCAGCUGCUGUUGCCCUCAGAGUUUUGCUAACUCCCAAGCUCUCUAGCAUGUUAAAAGAUCAAAUGCCCAAAGAUUUACUGUCCAAAUUAAAUGCAAACCUGGAAUCACCAGAGAGUGAAAAUGGGCUGAAGAGAUCAAUAGCACAGGCAAAAGGAGAUGGGCAUUCUGGCAAAGCCCUGGACAUUAGAAAUAAAAUUAUUUGGAACUCGUCAACACGAGCAGAGUUGCUAAAAUUUGUGGAUCACCAACGUGCAUCUCAAGGUCCUGAUGGCUCAUAUGAUAUUAAGGAUUCGCACAACUUUGCCUAUAAAGCACUAUCCAGAGAAUUAUUCAUUGGAAAUGUUUACUUGAGAGUUUACAAUGAUCAGCCAGACUUUGAAAUUAGUGAACCAGAAACUUUUUGCCUUGCUCUGAUUGAUUUUAUAUCCUAUCUUGUGCACAUUCAAUGUGAAGAUGCCAAUAAGGUUGAAGAUGCCAAUCAUAAUGUUGAAGACACCUCUAAAACUUCUGAGCAUAUGAGUAAUGUGAAUACAAUGAGUGAGGCUGUUGAUGGGACCAUCAAUGAGCAGCAUGUUCUGGAUAGUUCUGGUGCAAUGUCAGAAGAACAAUCUGUGGGGAAGGAAGAGCUAGAGCCGAUUAAAAGUCUUCGUUCUGCACUGACCUCCCUUCAGGUCAAUUCCUUACUGCCUCAUUCUCUAGUGAAAUGCUUUUACUUGUCAUGUUGGACUGAUCUUGUUUCUUUUCUGCAGAACCUUCUGACUAAUAAUCCCAAUUUGGCAUCCAUAUUUUCUAAUAAAGACAAGUUAUUGCCUCUUUUUGAAUGCUUUUCUGUGCCUGAAGCAUCAUUCAGUAACAUUCCUCAGCUUUGCCUUGGAGUAUUGUCACUCUUAACUGCACAUGCUCCUUGUUUGCAAGCCAUGGUUGCAGACGGAUCUAGUCUUCUGCUUUUAUUACAAAUGCUUCACUCAGCCCCAAGUUGCCGUGAAGGGUCUCUCCAUGUUCUCUAUGCAUUGGCAAGCACACCAGAACUCGCCUGGGCUGCUGCCAAGCAUGGUGGUGUUGUCUACAUUCUUGAAUUGCUCUUGCCUUUGAAGGAAGAAAUUCCACUCCAGCAGAGAGCUAUGGCAGCUUCCUUGUUGGGAAAGCUUGUUGGCCAACCAAUGCAUGGACCAAGAGUUGCUAUAACACUUGCAAGGUUUCUCCCUGAUGGUCUUGUAUCAGUAAUCAAGGAUGGACCUGGUGAAGCUGUUGUAGUUGCCCUUGAGCAGACUACAGAAACACCAGAGCUUGUAUGGACACCAGCAAUGGCAGCUUCCUUAUCUGCACAAAUUUCCACUAUGUCAUCAGAGCUAUACCGUGAGCAGAUGAAAGGGCGUGUUGUUGAUUGGGAUGUACCUGAGCAGGCAUCUGGACAACAGGAAAUGAGAGAUGAACCACAGGUUGGUGGCAUCUAUGUUAGGCUGUUUUUGAAAGAUCCCAAAUUCCCUCUUAGGAACCCUAAAAGGUUCUUGGAAGGUCUACUAGAUCAGUAUCUGUCAUCUAUCGCUGCCACACAUUAUGAAGCACAGGUUGUUGAUCCAGAGCUUCCUUUGCUUCUGUCUGCCGCAUUAGUUUCCUUACUGCGUGUGCACCCCGCACUAGCAGAUCAUGUUGGGUAUCUUGGAUAUGUACCCAAACUAGUUGCUGCUGUUGCAUUUGAGGGAAGGAGAGAAACAAUGUCAUCAGGUGAAGUAAACAGUGGGAGUCAUGCAGAACAAACAUAUGACCCUGAUAAUGAAUCAGAAGAGAACACACAAACUCCUCAAGAACGUGUCCGACUGAGUUGUUUGCGUGUCUUGCAUCAACUUGCUGCCAGUACCACCUGUGCUGAAGCAAUGGCUGCAACGAGUGUUGGAACACCUCAGGUUGUUCCACUGCUAAUGAAAGCUAUAGGGUGGCAAGGUGGAAGCAUUUUAGCUCUUGAGACUUUGAAACGGGUUGUUGUUGCGGGUAACCGAGCCAGGGAUGCUCUUGUUGCACAAGGACUUAAAGUUGGUCUUGUUGAAGUUCUUCUUGGUCUUCUUGAUUGGAGGGCUGGUGGAAGGAAUGGCUUUUGUUCUCAGAUGAAGUGGAAUGAAUCUGAAGCAUCUAUUGGCAGGGUGCUUGCUAUUGAGGUCUUGCAUGCCUUUGCUACUGAAGGGGCCCAUUGCACUAAAGUGCGAGAAAUAUUGAAUAAUUCUAAUGUUUGGAGUGCUUACAAAGACCAGAAGCAUGAUCUCUUCCUCCCUUCAAAUGCUCAAUCUGCAGCUGCUGGCAUUGCUGGUCUCAUUGAAAACUCAUCGUCGUCGAGACUCACUUAUGCCCUUACUGCUCCACCACAAUCCACUACUUCCAGAACUCCUCCAUCAUCCUCUUCUGACUUCAAUGGAAAGCAGGAUCAGCUUCUAUAG